UGGAACCCGGGCUGUAGAGGCUGCACUUCUCCGUGCGGCCUGCUGGCGGCGGCACGCCCCCGUUGUGUUGCAGCGAAUGGAUCCGUGGAAGAAGAGUCGGACCGGAACUUAAACAGAGGGGGGUAGCAACGCGCGACGGCGGAGCACUUUUAAAUCUGUGGAAACUGAACAAAAGCAAGAAGAACAACAAACAGCGGAAGGUUUACCUGGACCAAUCAGAGGCUUCCUGUCUCAUGAUCAGACAGGCCAGUGUGUUCCGCUGACUUCUGACCCAUAAUCAAUCACUUCCCGUUUGUAGCUCCAGGCUCAUGGACACACUCACCUUACCACUGGUUACAGCAUGGAGCACUGUGACUGGAGAGAGAGGUCACUGACUGCACGUCCUCCAGAUCUCCAGUCAGGAUGUCCGACUCUUCUGAUGAAGAUGACCAGAGGAAGGCUGAGCCUACCAGCAGGAUGUGGGCGGAGCCUCAGCCUGGCCCAUCCAGGUGUCAGCCCAGCAGACAGGGUUACUGUGGUUACUGCAGAGUCCUGUACAGGAACCUGGACCAGCACCUGUCCAGUCUCAGACACCUGGAUUCAGUCCGGGCGUCCUCCAGAGGCUCAGGGUCCACCUCAGCAAGCGGCAGAAACAGACUGACUCUGCUGGAGCGCUUCCUCGAGGACGUUCUGCAGCACCACCCACAUCGCUACGACGACCCCAGGCCGUCUCACACUGACCUCCCAUCAGUUUCCACCCCCCCAUUGCCAAAAGCGGAGCUCGAUGAAGUCUGUUUGUCCGACGACAGCCAGUCUCAAGGUACCCGGGAAUGCCUGCCCAGCUCUGAUGACGCUUCCUGUCACCCAGCCCGUCCGAUGGAAGAAGAUGAUGCCUGCAGCCAGUCAGGCGACAGAGUGGGCCAGGAGAGGCUGUCUGUACCUAUAAGAGAGCAGGACGAAGGCAUCAUUGAUCACACCCACUCUCCUUACCGCAGAGCGCCGGCCUCUCAGUUGGAGACUCCGCCCCCUGUCCAUAGGAAAGCCCAUAGGAAGACGAACAGGAGGAAAACCAGUGAGUCCUCGUCCUCCUCGCAGCGCCCUGGAGGUCCAGGCCAUGGCCCCCGACCCCACCUGACCCCCACAGACCACAGGCCUGGUCCAGGUGAGAGGCCCUGGCUCACCUGGCAGAGGGAGAGGAGGGAGGCCCACAGAGAGGAUGCAUUCUCCUCAGGCCACACGGACCCUCUGGACCAGACCAUCGAGGAGGUGAUUCAAAGGUGCUGUUAUGGCGCCAUUUCCUGCCAAGCUGAUACAGACAGCUUCCAGCUAAGCCUCCCUGUUUCCAUGGAAACACAGAGUGAAGACUGGGACUCGCCUGUGCAGGUGGUUUUGCAACGAGCGCGAACUCUCAGUGACUCACCUGCGCAGGUGAGUCAGGCGGAGGGGCGGGACCUCUGCCAUCUGAUGGACACGCAGGUGGACGUGGAAGAUAGAGUGUACUCACAGCAGCUGCACUUUGCCCUCCACGGGCCGGGUGACAGGACGGAGGAGGGGUUCUGGACCCUACCCAUCGAGGAGGUGAGGCCCGCCCCGGAGCGUAUCCCAGAAUCCUUCAGGGGGAAGACCUGGACCCAGAUCCAGCAGGAGGACGAGGAGAAGGUGGAGAGGCUGGUGAGACAGUUCAGGCGUGGGCGCUUCAUCUGCUACUUCGACACAGAGUCCCUCGCCAGGUAUGGUAGGCGGAGCCAGAAAAUGAAGGGGGAUGCUGAACCCGAGGAGGUGGAGCCAGAUGCAGGUAUGCUACCCCUGCAGGACCCAGACGAGGGGGACUAUGUGUAUAUGAGAAGAAGGAGGGGAAGGAGGCGGAGCUUCAGACUGGCAUCAAGGUGUCAGGUGGUGAAGGUCAGUCACAGCACUCAGACAGUCCGAUUGGUCGUUCCCGCCGUGCAUCAGCUAUCCCCUGAGGCCCCACCCAUCGACUACCCACAAGCCAAUCCAGAGGCAGCUGAGAGGACACCUGUGCCAACGUGGCGUUCUCUCCCUUCGUCGUACUCCAGCAUCAUCACACCUGUACAGCCACGCACUUCGCUGGUCUACCUACUCUCCUCCCCAUCAGGCUCCGCCCCCAACCGCAUGUCAGCGAUAGGCUCCACCCACAAACGCUGCAGAAAGAAACGGCGCCCGCUGGAGCAGCAGGGGUUAAAGGUCAAAUACAAACGACUUCCUGUCCGGUUCUACGACCCCGCCUCCAACCGUAUCCUCAAGAACCCACCCAGAGGCCUCCUGUGGCGCAGAGGCUCCACCCCCUCUGGGCCACCGCCGCCCUGUGUUCGUCAGCUGUUCAGGAGUCUGAGCCCGGACCUGAACACCGAUAGAACACCCACAGAGGUCAAAGGUCACAGCAGCAGCCUUUUGCUAAGCACGCUAAGCAGGGACUCUGCUCAGUCCGACAUAACUCAGGCUCCGCCCCUCAACAGGCUGUCAGAGAGCAGAAGAGGGGCUAGAAGGGAGAGGGCACUCCCUCCACCCUCCCAGAUACAAACCAGGGGUCAGGCCACACCCCUUCACCCAAGGAGGGAGGGGCUGCGCCGGGCUGGACCUGGCAGGAAACCCCCAAUCUCUGCAGGCCCCGCCCCCUUACUGUCAUCACGCCGGAGGAGGGGCCGCAGGUCGCGGCGAUAGCUGAUUUUCAAAAUGAAGUCUUAUUUUUCAUGAAA